UGGUUUGAAUUUGGAAGCGGAAUCGUCAUUACAGUCUUGGAUGUUGAGAGGCUGCCGCGUGUCGCGCGUGUAAAAAAAAAACAAAAAAAUGAUACAACGAUUUCUGUGAUAAAGUUUUUUUUUUUUGUGAUUAGCAAUUUUCUUCAAAAUGGUUCACAAGUUUCAUAUAAAUGAAAUCGGAGGCAGUAGCCGCAUAAAAUCCGUUGCUUCGCAGGUUCUGGCAGCAAUGUCAUCCUACCUGCUUCUCCUGGAUCUAGGCAUGGCUAUAGCGUUCCCCACCAUAUCCGUACCAGAACUCCUCAAUGCGAAGGAAGGACUAUCCCUGAAUGACGUGGAAGCGUCGUGGUUUGGCAGCAUUUCAUUUCUAACGCAACCCAUUGGUGCCAUUCUCUCUGGGCCCAUCGUGGACUAUUUUGGGCGGAAGAAAGCUAGCUUUCUGGUCAACAUUCCUCAUCUUGUCGGCUGGACUCUCAUGCACUUUGCAUGGAGCACACCGUCACUGUUUAUGUCCAAUGCUCUUCUUGGGUUUGGCACUGGCAUCAUGGAAGCACCAAUCAACGCGUAUGUCGGGGAAAUCAGCGAACCCUCAGUGCGUGGAGCCCUUUGCACUUCCACACAGAUGUUUGCAUCAAUCGGUAUAUUCGUGAUAUACUUCUUCGGCACCGUAUUGACUUGGAGACAGGCAGCACUUCUCUGCUUGGCUGCACCUCUGGCUUCUAUGCUUAUGGUGCUAGUGGCUCCAGAAACUCCAGUAUGGUUGCUCGUGCACGGUCGUGAGAAGGAGGCCCUGAAGUCCCUCUGCCGUCUCCGGGGCUGGACCACUCCGGAACACGUGAAGGAAGAAUACGAGAGCCUCAGCGUGUACUGCAAGAAGCUGCAGGAGUGCGUGAUCUGCAGCAGCACCGGCCAAGACGUGAACGCGUGUGAGCAUGACAAGAUGAAUUAUUUUAAGAGGGCUCUCCUCAAGUCCAAAUACGUAAUGUUCUGUAAAGAGACAAUGAGGCCAAUGUAUCUUGUGAUGAUGUAUUUCCUCUUCUACGUGAUGAGUGGCCUCACCCCGAUCAGGCCAAAUAUGGCCAACGUUUGCGGUGCUUUCGGCAUGGCCCAGGAUGGAAAACAGAUUGUGUUGUGGGUUGGCAUCAUCACCUUCAUAACGAGCAUUAUAUCAGUGGUCCUGAUCAAGUUGUUAGGCAAACGGAAGCUUUGUAUAUCUUCGUUGUUCACCACUGGCUUAGCCUGCGCCCUUCUAUCUGCAUACGCUAAGAACCACAUUGCUGAUUCCGUAUUCUCCUAUGACACAAGCACCUUUCCAACACAAACCAGCGUGACGCCUCUGGUCUACUUCUACCUGCUGACUAUCUUCACUGGAUUCAGUGUGCCUUGGGUGUUUCUUGGAGAAGUAUUUCCAUUCAGAUGUCGAGCGACUGCCCAAGGUUUCGCAGCAGCCAGCUACUACGUAUUCACUUUCGUGGGCUCCAAGACGUUCAUUGACAUAGAACAAGGCUUCAAGCUAUGGGGCACCUUUGCGACUUACGCAGGGUUCAGUUUCGUUGGCACCAUCUACUUAUACUUCUUCCUCCCGGAGACGGAGAACAAGACUUUGCAAGAAAUAGAGGAGUUCUACUCCGGAGAAUUCAGGACGUUCGCCGACGAUCCCGUCAUAAAUAUGGUGAAGAGGAAAAGAUAGUGAAUGGUCUCAUUUUUAAAUAUAAGGAUUUUUAAGGCACAAAUCACAAUACGAAUUUUGAAAUAUAUUAUG